AUGACAGAAGUUGUUGUACCGAGACAUGGAAAGGCUUGGAGCGGCCCCGAUUCUAUCAAUGAAGAUGUGACGAGAUCUAAAAACCGUGCGAAGGCAAUCAGCUCCAUCGACGAAUCAAAUGUUUGCACACUUCAGGAGGCACGGAAGAACGAAAAAAGAACCUCCCGUAACGUUGGUGUGAUGACAGAUGUUGAGCCGCGGCAAUCCUCCUCCCACGCAGACUACUACGAUCAGAAUGCAUUCAUAACAGCGGUUACCGCCGCUGUCGAUCACAUAAUUGCCAGCUCUGGUCCUCGCCCUAUUAUGCCCUGUCCGCUUGGUGCGAGAAGCGUCAUUGAUGCUCUAACCUCUCACAGCCCCUGUCUUGUGGCUCUGGACAAAGCGUUACGAGAACAACUACAGAUUACGCAGACCUUCCUCUCCACUCAGCGCGCUAUGCACGACGCCUUAAAGGCAGCGCUACAAAAGUGUCUGAUGCCACCUCUGGAACCAAUUGAUUUGCAUCUGAAUUAUGUGAGUUCGGAGGCUCAAACAACCAUUCUUACGUCCAUCCGAGGUUAA